ACUAGACAAUCAUGUGACAAUGGCAUUUUUUCAUUUUCCAAUUGCUGCCCGAUGCUGGGCUACCACGUGUGCUUGGUGAGACAAUAUAUAAUGCUAUUGCCCCGACUCAGGCUAGUAUAACCAAGAAAUUCUUUGAUUGAAUUCACCUGGUUUUUUUCUGUAUUUGUACAGUAAUGGCAUACAAGAUCUUCAAUGACCCAAUCCAUGGCAGCAUCGAGAUGCAUCCAUACCUGGUCCGCAUCAUCGACACACCUGAGUUCCAGAGGCUGCGCUACAUCAGGCAGAUGGGGAGUGUCUAUUUUGUAUACCCGGGGGCUUCCCACAACCGCUUUGAGCACUCCAUCGGAGUGGCACACCUGGCAGGUGAGCUGGUUCAGGAACUGAACAGACGGUAUCACCCUGGGGAAGACACCAACCUGGACCAGAAACUUCAAGAAAUUCAUGAGGAGAGAAAGAAAGAUUUGACCACCAAGUAUAGGGAGGAGCUGGGGCAGCUGGAGCAGCUGGAGCAGCAGGAGCAGCCGACUGCUUCUUCUUCUGAUCACCAGGAAUCUGAACCUAGGGAGCAAUAUAAACUUGAGGAAGAACACAAGAACCAACUUCAAAAACUUGAGGCAGAACAGCACGUCUUGAUCACCAAGGAUGAAGGGCUGUGUGUGCAGAUUGCUGCUCUCUGUCAUGAUCUGGGUCACGGCCCCUUCUCUCACCAGUUUGAUGAUCUGUUCAUUCCAAAAGUAGUAGAAAAGCUCUCAACAGAGCUUGAAAAGGGAAUACCAGAUGGUGAAAUGAAAAGAGAAAAAGAGACAAAAAAGAAUACACUGGAAAAUUGGACGCAUGAAAAGCAAUCCAAAAUCAUGCUAAAGGAACUUUUCAGAAACAUUGAACAAAAAAACAAUAAGAAGGAUAAGAAAUUCAUUGAAUUCAUGAGAACUCAUCUUCACUUCAUCCAAGAACUGAUUUAUCCACCCAAGGACCAGGAACAAAAGGGAAAAACAAUCAAAAGUUUCCUGUAUGAGAUUGUGUCCAACAAGACAAAUGGCAUUGAUGUGGACAAAAUGGACUACUUUGCCAGGGACUGCCACCACCUUGGCAUUGAAAGCAAUUUCAACUACAGAAGAUUCUUCAAGUUUGCCCGUGUGUGUGUGGUGGAUAACAAGAAAGAGAACAAGAGCAAGGACAAGAGCAAGGACAAGAAAAAGAACAAGAGCGAGGACGAGAGCGAGGACAAGAAAGAGAUCAAGGGCAAGUGCAAGGACAAGAGCGAGGACGAGAGCGAGGACGGGAAAGAGAUCAUGGUCAAGUGCGAGGAUGAGAAAAUGCAAAUCUGCCUAAGAGACAAGGAGGUGGGACACAUUUAUGAGCUCUACCACACAAGAAGCAACAUCCACCAUAAAGCCUGCCAGCACAAGGUCGUCAGUGCUAUUGAUACCAUGACAGUGGAUGCUUUCCUUCUAGCUGAUGAAACCCUGAAUAUUUCGGACUCUGUACUUGAUGCCACAAAAUACAGAAUGCUGACAGAUUCGAUUUACCAGAUCAUUCUGCAUUACGAGAAAAUACAAAUAAAAACUGAAAUGCCGCCGGAUAUGAAAACGGCUCUGGAAAUCCUAGAGAGAAUCGAAAGCCGUGACUUGUACCAGUGUAUUUAUAAUAGUCACUUGGAUGUGAAACCUGGCAACGAAAGUGAAACGAAAGAGAAGAAAAGCAAACAUGAGCGUGAAAAUGAACUUGAACAUGAACUUCAACAAGCAUACAAAAAGUUCCUCCAACACAAACAGCCCCACCCACAACAGGAGAAAGAGUACGAGUUUGCCGUAAGAAUCAUCAACAUGGAGUCUGGAAUGAAGGGAGAAGACCCAAUUAAGCAUGUCAAAUUCUACUCAAAGCAAGACCCUUGUGCAGCUGUAGACCUGACAAGAGACGAUGUCUCCCGGCUCCUCCCAGAAGUCUUUUCCGAGACAGUGAUCCACAUUUUCUGGAAGAAUUCAGAGAUGAGAGAUAAUGUGCAAAACUUCAGAGCUGAUGCUGGCUUUAAGGAAAUAAUAGAAAAAUGGUGUGAGAAAAACCAAUACGAGACGUUGCCUGUAUAAUCAUCGGCCCAUGGCAUUUUGAUACAACAGCAGGAAACAAAAUUACAAAGACCAAUAAUACAUUCUUUAUACACCACUGCAGAGAAAAGGCUAAGGUAAAAAUACAUGCAAAAAAAAAAUUGACAUUCAUUAGGUACAAUUUUCAAAUGCCUGACAUGAUAAUUUUUGAAAAAUGUCACAAUAUACAUUUGUACCUGAGUAAUAUAAAGGGGAAAGGCUAUCACAGCUCUUGUCUUCCUAGUAUAAGCUGAAGCAGCUAAAGAAAAAAAAUUCUGUUUUAUCUUAGUGUGUUCAACAGUUGCUUCUCAAAACAAACAUGAUAAAAAAAUCAAAUGUGCAUUCACUAAAAAUAUUUUAUGGAAUGCUUUGGGAGAAUAGGAUUUCAUUUUAUUUUCAUUUCAUUUUCACUUUAAUUGUAGAACAUCAAAAGGCUUUCUUGAUUAUUUUUACCAUUUUAAUUUUAUGUUAAUCAACUAACAAGUCAUUUUCUUUAUUUGUCAUUGUCUGUUAGAAAUGAUUGAGGUUGGGGGAAAAAUUAGCUGAAAUGUUUGAACUGUAACAGAAAUUAUUUUCAUGCCAUGCCAGUUAUUAUUUACAUGAGACUAAAUAUAUGCAAAAGAACUGACAUUCAUUAGGCACAAUUUUCAAACGCCUGACAUGAUAAUUUUUGAAAAAUGUCACGAAUAUACAUUUGUACCUGAGUAAUAUAAAGGGGAAAGGCUAUCACAGCUCUUGUCUUCCUAGUAUAAGCUGAAGCAGCUAAAGAAAAACAAAUUAUGUUUUAUCUUAUUGUGUUCAACAGUUGCUUCUCAAAACAAACAUGAUAAAUAAACAAAUGUGCAUUCACUAAAAAUAUUUUAUGGAAUGCUUUGGGAGAAUAGGAUUUCAUUUUAUUUUCAUUUCAUUUUCACGUUAAUUGUAGAAAAUCAAAAGGCUUUCUUGAUUUUUUUUUAAAAUUUUAAUUUUAUGUUAAUCAACUAACAAGUCAUUUUCUUUAUUUGUCAUUGUCUGUUAGAAAUGAUUGAGGCUGGGGAAGAAAUUAGCUGAAAUGUUUGAACUGUAACAGAAAUUAUUUUCAUGCCAUGUCAAUUAUUUACAUGAGACUAAUGGUUUUGUUGUUUCACUCAAGUGGACUUACUCCAAACUGUAAAAUAAACAGCAAUUAUAACAACAACAAUUUAGUAUGAAACAUAUUUUUAAACUGACAUUCAAUCUAUAGUUGAGGAAAUAUUCACACCACACAAUCUAAGGGAAAAUUCCAUAGUGAUGUGAUGCUGUUGAUAAAAUAGCCAUGUUAAUAUUGACAGAAUGUAGGGAGCAAUAUGGACAUUGCAUAAGUAAUGGGAAUGUCCAAUCAUUUAUAACGUCUGGAUUCUGUUUUAGAGGGAUUAUGCAGAAUACAUUUAAUCCCAGAUCCUUGUUUGUGUUUACUGAACCAUUUGAAUUUAACUUUGAGUAGACUUUGAAUUUUCUAGGUAUUUUUAAAGUGAUCAGCAGCUCAAAUUAAUAAAGCAAGACCUAGAAUAGUGCAGCAAUAAGAUUUCUGUGGCUAUUUGUAACAUGCUGUUAUCUGGAUAUGAUGGAAAUAUGUAUAACCAUAUAUAAAUGAGCUGUACACCUAUAUAUUACAUUUUCAACAUAUAUUACAUGUGUUUGAGUCUGUGGUGUUGAUAAUUUGUGCUAUUUUGUGGGUUGUGUUUUGUGGUUUUGUUUCUU